AUGGAGGAUUUUUCAGAUUUUAUUAGGGAAAAUAUGUUGGUAGAUUUACCCAUGAUUGGAGGAGAGUUUACCUGGUUCUUAAUUUGUGAAGAGUGGGAGGCCAAGUAUUCAGAUGUCACUCAAAGGAGAUUGGGGAUAGUGUACUCUGAUCAUUUCCCUAUUAUGCUUUCUGGGAAUAGUAGGGGUAGUGGAAGAAGGCCUUUAAGGUUUGAGAAGAUGUGGUUGAAAGUAGAAGGUUUUGGGAAACGAGUACCGGCUUGGUGGGCAUCUUAUGAAGUCGGGGAAUCUCCUAGUUUUGUGUUGGAUCAGAAGUUGAAGGCUUUGAAAGAAGAUUUAAAGAGAUGGAAUGAGGAGAUUGUGGGCAAUGUGAACUGUCGUAAAAUUCAGUGUCUUUCAAAUAUAGAAGAAUUGGAUAGGCGGAAGGAGAAUCAAGGGUUGGCUGGGGAGGAAAAGGUGAGACAUAGAGUGCUAAGGGAAAAACUAGAGAGGUUGGUAGAGAUUGUUUGGUACCAGAAAUCUAGGGUCACUUGGUUGAAAGAGGAGGAUAAAUACACUAAGUUUUUUCACAAGGUUGCUAAUUCUAAUAAGCGCAACAAUUCUAUCACAGUGUUAGAUGUGGAUGGGGUUACUUAUGAGGAACCACAAGAAACUGGAAGUCAGCUGGUGAAUUUCUAG